AGGAGCGCGAGGCCUUCGAGGCCAACCGGGCCCUCGGGCGGAGGCGCGCCUUGAGUGGCGAGCCAGCUCCCGACGCCCGCUCGGCGACGGAGAAGACCCCAAGAGCACGCCGAGCAGAGCUGGUGUCGAGCGGGCCGCUGGCGGAGGACAGCAGGACUCCCAAGAAUCGCCCCUCCGCCGACGAGGCGCACAUUACACCAAGAUCGGCGGCGGUGCAGGGACGCGUUACAUCAAGAUCGUUACCCAAGUCAGCACGUUCGAGUAAGGACGCCCAAGUCGCCCAGAAGGACCCGUGGCUUCAGCGUGACCUUCUUGACCCAGAUGUGUUUAAAGAUCACUGGAGACUCCAGGUGCAGGCGAGCAUGGCCCAGGCGGAGCAGGUGUCGGACAUCCUCGAGAGGGCGAAGGCGACUGGCGAGCUCGAGCGGCUGGCGUCGGCGGGCUACCAGCACACCGCCGGCGGAUACGACGCGGCGGCCAGCAGGCGCCGGAGCGACGCCGCGGCGCUGCUCGAGGAGGGCGGCAGCGGCGCGUGGACGUGGCGGGCGGCCUGAGGCCGCCCACCGAAGCGCGCGCACGCGCCCACAGUGCGUGGCCACUGGGGGGCCAGGAACAAUUAGAAACGAGCACAACUACAAACGAGCACGAUUAGAAAGGAACGACGCGUACACCCGCACGAAGCCUCUCUGAGGCCAUGGUUCGUGUUCGUGGAUGCUGCAGCUGAGGCUAACGCAGAUUACUGUCGCUGGACGCGGCGGGGCCGCUGCCCGCCUCCUGCGCGACCGCUGCGAGGAGGCAGGGCGCGCCGCCGCGGGCCCCCCCCGCGCGGCGCGCCCGGGGCCCGACGGCACGCGCGCAGAGACAGGGCAACGGUACUUACGGGCCGCCCCCUUCGCGCCACCCCUCUGAGUGCGCCGCCGAAGGGCUGCGCUCGCCGCCUCCCGGAUGCCCUGCGCGGCGCCGCGCAUUUUCGGGCUCGGAUGUGUGUUUUUUUCCCUGGGCGGCCUGGCGUUGCCAAGGGUGGCCCUGGCCCAGUGAGGGCCGAGGGGCCCCUGGAUCUGGACCUCCCACUGGGCUCCGGGUCCUGCUGCUCCUCCUCCUCCUCCUCCUCCCCCCCUCCUUCUCCUCCUCCUUCUCCUCCUCCUCCUCCUCAUCGUCCUCCUCCUCCUCCUCCUCCUC